CAUAGUCAUAAUAUAUGUACACAAAUUUUAUUAGGAAAUACAUCUUCAAGAUCAUAGUAUAAAAAGAGAAAAUGUAUGCAACAAGACUCCUUUCCAUGUACAAAAGGAAUCCAAGUGCUCUUUCAGAUCCACCACCAUCAGGACCAAAUUCAAGUUAUCUUGUUCUAUUAGAUGAAGAAGCUCAAACUUACUCUUGUUUUGGUUUGUGCAAGAACAAUAGAAUCAAGGAUUUUCCUUUCCCUCAAAACAAAAAUUUAACCAUUGUUUAUUCAGUUGGUGAAAACACUCACAGAGAAGAAGCUAUGUUCCUUCCGGUAUUGAAUCAACCAUUGUCUUCAAAUCGUUACUAUGUCAUUAGAAGGAAAGGAAAGAAUCAAGGCAAAGCUAGCACAAGUUCAAAGGAAGAGGACAUGGCCACAUGUUUAUGUUGCAGUUUUGUCCAAGAUGUUAAACCAAGACCAUUAGAGCCCUUCAAUGAUUAUCAGCAGGUUGAAAUAAUCAAGAAAGGUUACGGUUUUCGCGCAAAAUCGGUUGCCUCAGAUGGAAUUCCACCUGGUUUAUUAAGAGAAAAAGGGUGGACACUUUAUGCUAGCACUCCUCAUAAUUACCAAUUAGGCCAAGCUUUAGGCUCAAAUGAUUUCUUGCGUUCCAAGCUACCAAAUUUCAACUUUCCAUUGUCCAAUGAUUGUUCUGAAUCAAUGGUUGUUGGAAAAUGGUAUUGUCCUUUUAUGUUUGUGAAGGAAGGAAUGAAGUUAAAGGAGCAAAUGAAGAUGUCAGUGUUCUAUGAGCUAACACUUGAACAAAGAUGGGAAAAGAUAUUUACAAAGGAAAAUGAAAAUAAUGGAGAGAGUGAUGUGUUUGUAGAUGUUGUUAUUCAAAGUGAAGUUGCUAAGAUUGGAGGAAGGGAUGCUAUUUGGGAUGAAAAUAGAUUGGUUGAUAGAGUGUUGUGGUUUAAGAGUGUUGAUGAUGUGGCAAGUGUUGGAUUGAGUGUGGAAGUUAUUGAGGGAAUGAAAUGGGAACAAAAAAGAGUUGGAUGGAUUGGUGGAAAUGGAAGACAAGCUGUGAGAGUAACAAAAGUUGAGGAGUUUGGUGGAACAAACAAGUGGAAGAAAUUUAGUUGUUAUGUGUUAAUUGAAAGUUUUGUAUUGAGGAGUAUGGAUAGAAGAUUGGUGCUAACUUGUGAUUACAAACACUCGCAUCAAAUUAGGAGCAAAUGGGAAUAAUUGUUUUCUAAAACAUCUUGCUUUUGUUUUUUAUUUGUUUCCCUUUUUUAUUGUGUUUUGUUGUAAGUAUAGGUCAUAUUGUAUUUAUUGUAUAAUAUUAAAAAAAAAAAAUUGGUUAAAUAAAUUUCUAAUCAAUAUAAAAUUUUGAAAUAUUGUAUAUAGUUCCUAUAAAAGAAAUCAUGUUCAUUAGUUUUUA